AUCGUAGUUUACACAAUUUAUUGCCUGGGAAUUAACACUCUUGCUGCUGUUUUCUGAAACGUGUCACGGUGCAAGUUGAGGAUUUUCUGUUGAUCAGCCAAAAUUAGAUAAAGGGAUGAUUUGGUUGGUGUGGGUCGCUGCAGUGGCCGUUAGCGCUACAGCGGACCCUUACGGCAUUCCGGCUCCAUUUGGCUACCCCUUCUACCGUAGCUACCAACAGCCGUCACCGUACGUCGUCAGCGCUCCCCAAGUCGUCGUCGAACAGGUGGUAGAACAGCCCGUACAGCAGUACAUUUCUGGGCCCCCACUGCCAGGGCCCCCUGCCCCUCCCCCGGGCCAGAAAUGCCCCGUUUGUGAGGGCCCCGAAUGCUGCGAACUCUGCGUCGAGAGAAGUUGCGCAGUGCCGGAAGAUCUCUCUAUUUUAGAGCUGGCGCUCAACCCCUUCUUCUACGUCCAGUACGUAGAGGACUGCCCACAGGGAGCGUACAUCGACAACGUAUGUUUCCUCUUCGUUCCUCUUCUGGAUCUGGCCUCUCUCUUCACAUUCGGCCAGAUCAUAACAUACCAAGAUGGAACUGUAGAACAGAGGCAGUAUGAGAUCGAAUGCAUCAACGAUGCUUACCAGUUCACAGCCAUUGGAUCUGGAUGCAGAUUCAAGUUCGAGAUCAUUUACGCUGACAUCCUCUGCGGUGUUUAUGUUUUCCAGAGGUGUUUCGAAAACCCAUGUUGCCAGGUUGACAGUGGUCCCAUCCACGUCGUGUCCAACCUCCUCCCAGCGGCCCAGCAGUGUUUGAGCUCAGCCCUGGAGUUCGUCCAGAACCUCUACCCCUGCAAGAAGUUCAUCGAACUACCACAAGAGAAUGCCAGUUUGUGUACUGUACUGGGUAACACACUUGUACCUAACAACCAAUAAUCCUGAUCCCACACAACUCCAUCCACCAUCAAGUGAAUAAAUGUUCGAAAAUGUGUUUCCAUACCACAAAGACAGUUUAAUUUUAUAUCGUCUGUGAUUAAGUUAUGAGGUAACAUUUUUAGAUAAAUAAAAUAUUUAAACACUA